GCAAAAAAAAAAUCAGCUUACUCUCCUGUAGAGGUAAACAAUGGCUUCAACUGGUGUAUAUAACAGCCUUUUAUACAAAAGUAGAGCAUCUUCUUUGAUGGGUAUCUCUUCUUUUCCUUUGAUGGAACCAAGAAUCAGACCAGAAAUAACCUAUUCCCAGAGACAUCUCAGAGUAGGAACUUCCCCUUUAUUGAGGAAUGUAUCCUACAACAUGGGCAUGAAGAAAGUUCCACUUAUGAUCACCAGAGCCAGCUCAAAACCGAGUGAAAACAGCGAAGGAGCUCUUGGCCAGAAUAAGGCAAGUUUUGUGCUUGCAUUCUCUUUUCUGAAUUAUGCACAUGAUGCUGCUGUUCUGAUUGUUACGUCAUCAGCUCAUAUAACUUCUUCCUUUUUAUUUAUUACUCCUGCAAUGACGAAGAAACUUUCUAAUCAUCUUCAUUUAACAAUGUCCUCCACGUUGAAUUGUAAUUUAGAGCUAGAGUAA